GGACCGACUGUUGUCUAUGACACUACUCGUAUCAUCUCUCUCCAAAACAACAGUCACCCGUCUCUCUCUCUCUCUCUAAACAAAAAUUACACGAAAACUCUAGCAGAUAGAUGAGGUUGAUUGUUCUUAUCAUGUGUCCUCUCUUAACUGUAGAAUGCCCUUGAUUGAGAUUCUAGCUAUAAAUGAGAGGGGGAGGAGGAGAUGUUGGUAGUGAAGUAUCUGUGAGAUAUGAUGAUGAUGAUGAACAGUAUGAAUGACGCGGAGAAGGAAGGAGGAGAGGAGGUGUUGAUGCCAGGUUUCAGAUUUCACCCUACAGAGGAAGAGUUGGUAGAAUUCUACUUACGCCGUAAGGUCGAAGGCAAGAGGUUCAGUGUUGAACUCAUCACUUUCCUCGACCUCUACCGUUAUGAUCCAUGGGAACUUCCAGCACAUGCAGUGAUAGGUGAGAAGGAAUGGUUCUUUUAUGUGCCGAGGGACCGCAAGUAUCGGAAUGGCGACAGGCCGAACCGCGUAACGACAUCCGGCUACUGGAAGGCCACAGGUGCGGACCGCAUGAUCCGUGGUGAGAGGAGCAGCAGGCCGAUCGGUCUCAAGAAAACCCUUGUCUUCUAUUCGGGGAAGGCCCCCAAAGGCACCCGCAGCAGCUGGAUCAUGAAUGAGUACAGACUUCCCCAACAUGAAACCACUUCCGCUGAUCAUAAUCAUCAUAUAUUCCAAAAACAAAAGGUUGAAAUCUCCCUUUGUCGGGUCUACAAACGGGCUGGAGGGGAGGAUCUCUCAACAAUUCCAGUGCCAAGGUUCCCGACACGACUAGGGAAUCCGAGUGGUAGAACUGCUUUGGAUGAGAAUACAAGGGCAAUUGAUCAUGCCUCCGAUGAAAGCCUACAAUUCGGCGGGGGUGAUGCCACACCCUCAUCCUCAUCAUCGUCUUCCACAAGGGUGCUGCAUCAUCAAUACAACAACUUAGACAACUCAAUGGUAACACCACCAUGUAAUGACACCUUACUGACCUUGAUGGCCCCCACGACAACAGUUGCAGAAGAACUCCACAGAUUAGUAGAAUACCAACAAAUUUAUGUUCAGGCAAACCAAUCACAAACCUCUCAAUCACUAUUGAACACAUUUUCUAGCUCCUUGCCCAAUCUCUCUGAUAAGCUGUGGGAGUGGAAUCCUGUUCCUGAGCCAAGUAGGGAUUACUAUCAUUUCAAAGAACAAUAAAACUAUUACAAUUGUAAUGUUUUCCUUUUUAAAUUGCAUGGAUAGUAGAUGGUAAUUUAUAUUAAUUGCUUCACUCAUUCUGCUCACCCUUGUACUUGAGAGAUUCAUAGAACAAUGGAUAAUAAUUAGACUUAAUGUAACUAUUGUGGCAGGUUUUUCAUAGC